GCAACGGCGCCGGGCCACAAAUGCUCCUUCUCGCCGCGCUUCACGGCGCCGGCCUCUCGACACGGUUGUCGCCAGCAUACGGGAUCACACCGCUGACCCGGGCCGCCGGCCCAGCCUUGCAGACCGACGCCGGGCCGUCCGAGCUCUGGACACGGGACCCUCAGCGGAGCAACAGCGCGUCCUCUGCGGAGGAGAGGAGGCGGCAGCGGCUGGCGCAGGCGCAGUCCGGCAACGCCAACGGCGCCGUGAAACGUCAUCUGCCGGCCCACACGACGCGCGACCCCCUCUACCCGCGGCGCGGCGCGGCCGACGCGGCGGAGCGGCGGCGGCAGCGGCUCGAACAGCCAAACAAGGCCAACGUGCAGGAGGGCAGCAAGCCUAUCCUUCCGCGCCUCGAGUACGCGAGCCCGACCGCGCGCCACCCUUUCGACCUGUGGACCCGCGACCCACGGCGCGGCCCGACCGAUGCACUCGAGCGGAGGCGUCUGCGCGAGCAACAACAACAGCCGCAGCCGCAGCUUGCGCCUGCGGGCGAUGUCGACGCGCCGCCGCAGGUGGGCGCCGGCGAAGAUUUUGACGAGGGAACUGACUCCGCUGCGAUCGCGGAGGAGGCGGCCGGGCUGGAUGCGGCAGAGGAGGCGCCGCGCGUGGUUGCCUCGCUCACCUCCGAGCUUUGCGAGGCCAAGCAGGAGCUGGCCGACGUCAAGCAGGAGCUGGCCGAGGCGAGCCAGAGCUACGGGGCAGCGCACGCGGCCCUCGAGGAGGAGUUGGCGGUGGCAAAGCGGACCAUCUGCGAGCUGCAGUCGACGAUGAAGGACCUGGUCGAGGCGGCCGAGAUGAAGGCCGAGGAGGCCAAGGGGGAGCGGGGCGCGGAGCUGAAGACGGAGGAGGCGGGCGUUGAGCAGGCUGGCGAGGGAAAGCGCGGCAAGGUGUGCGCCUAGACAGACGUGCCGCACGCAGAGCAUAUGCGCCGAAUGCCCAGCGCCUUGAAUGAGACUCGUUGCCCGCUACGGGUCUGCGCGCAGGCCGGGCCGCGCAGGUCUGUGACGUCGCGGCGGCGGAAGCGGCGGGCUGCCAGCUCCACGGCCUCUUGAGUGGAGCUGCGCAGGGAAGGAGGGGCUGUGGGGGACUGGCAUCGAGAAGAGCCUCUUCGAAUGAGUUGGAGCGCGGAGAGGCGAGAGGAAAGGCUGUCGGGUCGGCUCACUGCUUUCAGGAGCAGGACUCGGGUUGACUCACUGCUUACGGGAAGGGCAGAUGGCGCGGCAGGCGGAAAAUACAGGGGGCGAGCGUGGGGCAAGGCGGAUCGGUGGGGCGGUGUGUGUGGUCUGUGCUGCCUCUGUGGAGCAUGCGCGGCAGCGACCUUUAGCACCGGUUGGCUGUUGUGCGGCAGAACCUCGCAGCAUUCGUAUGGGAUUUGCAUUUCCAU